ACAGCCCUUUGAAGAGGAAGAGAGGGGGGGCACGCUGUACUCCCAUCCAGCCUGGACUGUAAGGAGCAUUUAGUGUGCCGACGCUAACCCAGAUACCAGACACAACACAGAGCUGUAGCCAGAGAACCAGCUGUGGACCUGACAGAGCACAGGCAUGAACGACAUCAAGCUGGCCCUGCUGGGAAGCCAGGGGGCUGGAAAAUCAGCUGUCCUUGUGCGGUUCCUGACCAGGCGCUUUAUUGGUGAAUAUGCCUCAAAUGCCAAUUCCCUGUACCAUAAAAGGCUGUCGAUUGAUGGUAGGCAGCUGAAUCUGGAAGUUUUUGACCCCUGCUCUCAGGGCUCGGAGGCCAGGUGCAUACUGGAGGAGCCGGUGGACUGGGCAGAUGGCUUUGUGGUGGUGUACAACAUCAGCGACCGCACUUCCUUCAUCAACGCCAAGAACAUCCUGCGGCAGAUUCGGGAGGCGCGCAUGGACAACUGCAAAGGGGACACGGAGGUUCCUGUGUGCCUGGUGGGCAACAAGCAGGACCUGUGUCACGCCCGGCAAGUGCGUGAGGAUGAGGGCCGCUGCCUGGCUCAGGAGAACCGCUGUCACUUCCAGGAGGUCUCAGCAGCCGAGAGCUACCAAGACAUCGCCAAUCUCUUCACCCAGCUCAUCCGGCAGGUGAUGGAGCACCUCAAGUACAGAGCUGACAGACGACGCUACAGCGGCUCCAAGUCUAUGGCCAAGCUCAUCAACAAUGUGUUUGGCAAGAGGAGGAAGUCAGUGUGAAGGUCCCAGUUUAAGUCAGAGGCUGAUCAGCUGGAGGGACUGGGAUGUUGUGUGUGGACCCAUGUUAAAGAGAACUGGUCAUAAGGUUACAUGCUGGGUCUGAAAGCUGUUUAGUACAUAGACAGCCGUCCAAACUGUACCCCUGCGUUCACACUGUGAGCAAUAUUAAUGGUUUGAGGGAACAUUUACAGGGCAGCAUUAGUCCUGGACAUUGUAGAUAGUUUUUUUUUUUUUUUUUUUUUUUUACCAACAAUAUGUUUCUGCUUCUCUUCUUCUGUGAUUAAAACAUAGCAGGUUAUCACUAUCAGUAGGGAUGAGUGAGUACACCAUUAUCUUUACCUGUUUAACCAAAUUCAUAAUCUGUAUCUGUAUCUGUACCCACAAUGGGUGGCGCUUAAAAUUGGACAUGGGUGAGACUAACCAUGAAUUGGAAAUUAUGUUGUUGAAAUUGUUACUAAAUGUAUUAGAAAGAUAUUUACAGAACAGCACGAGUUGCUGUAUUUAACAGAUAUUGACCAAUUUUACUCUGAUGAUACUUGUAAAAAGCACAUUAACGAGUACAAGUACUCACUCAACCCGAACGAACAGGACAGGAAAGCAUAAAAACCUUGUUGCUAAGUUUUAAUGGGCAGAUGUAAUGAAACAGGCCUAAAGUGUUUAAUACAGAGCUUUGUAUAAAUAGAAAAAUUAUAGCUAAAAUGAGUAAAUGUCUUCUCCUCAAAGACCAUAUAAUCAAGACUAAGAACAUAACCAGUCGUCCAGUGCUAACUUUCACCACGUAGCAUGUUUUGAUACAAACACAGUUUGUCAUCAACAGCUUCUUUUCCAGACAUCAUUUCUGAUUUCUUUUUUGUAGUUUUAGGACUAAGUAGCUUUUAUUGGCUGUAAUUAACUUCUCCCCCAUCUUUCACUAGUCAGACAUAACUGUUUAUCAUUAAGUGGAAUCACAACACGGAGGAGAGCAAGAGCGAUCAGCUGUUGAAUAGCUUGUGACAGUGAAAUGUUCAACUGGGGCCAACUUCUCUCCACUGCAGUUUCCCCCUGAAACUCAAACUCUGGGUUACUAACUGUCCCUGUGCUUACUCUAAGUAUGUUGCUGUGUUCUCAAGCCGCCUUUCUGCAUUAUAAUGUGGAAAAAAUGUGUUUUCUGUGUUGUGCAGCCUACCUCUCUGCAGGUUUUUAUAAGGUUUUGAUGCAUUUUACUGACACUUCAAUGAACAUUCAUACUUAUUUUUAUUAUUUUUUCCUCUUCGGUAGCCAUAGUGUUUAUAGUUGUUUAUAAUGUUGAUUGUAACAUGUUAUACUCUCUCUAUGGCUGCUAUGAUUAAAGAAAUCAUUUAAAUCUAUUUACCAGUACAAUGUCUGCAACUUUUCAUACUGUGUAUAUAUAAAUUAGUAGAUUUUAUGAUUGUAUUUAUUUGGACUGUUCACAGAAUCUGAAGAAUUGAAAAAGAUCUUGAAUGCGAGCUCAAAAUUUUGUAAAACUUCAUAAGAAACAUUAACAAACACCAAUUGAGGGCAUGGAUUUAAUUCAUCACUGUUGUUCUUCUUAAAUCCAGUUAUGUAACCGUGGUAUCACAUUGUGAAAAAUAAGUUUAUGUAUGCAGUGCUUUGUCGAUAAAUGUUCCUUCUGUAAAUACUGUGAAAACAUCGGAUGUUCCAGAGGAAAUUAAAGUUAAACAUUGCUUAAUAAA